AUGGGACGAGAAAUUAUAUGUCAAGAAUCACCUAAGCCUCCUGAAAGACGUAGUAGAUUGUGGCAUUACAAGGACUCAUUUAAAGUUUUGAAAGAUAAAAAUGGUUCAGAUAUGAUUCAAGGCCUUAACCUUAGGUCGUGUGCAGAGAAAGAUAAGCCACCAAGGAGCUUCCAUCAUCCAACAUCAAAGGAGUACUUGCAGGAAUGUGCCAAUAUAAUGAGGAAAAUAAGACUGUCACGCCAAAAUGAUCCACCACGGCAACCACAGCCUCGUAAAGUUCUCCUUUAUGGUUCUAAUAAUAAUAACUCAUAUUCAAAGACGGUGGACAACAUCAACACUGAUUCCUUUUCUGGUAUGCGCAAAUUAAAACUUCUGCAACUUGACAAUUUAGCAGUUAAAGGAAAUUACAAGGAAUUCCCGAGUGGUGGCCUGGAAAUGUGUCAUAGUAGAUUGCAUCAUCUUUUCCAAGGAAACAAGACUCUCAGUGCGUUGAAGAUUCUGAAUCUCAAUCAUUCAGAAGGUCUGUCCUGCACCCCUGACUUUUCAAAUCUCCCAAAUUUUGAGAGGAUAAUUCUCAAGUACUACACUAGGUUGAUUGAGAUUGAUAAAUCGAUUGGGAGACUAAAGAGACUCCUCAUUUUGAACCUAAGAGGCUGCCAAAGUCUAAGGAAGCUUCCCAGAUGUAUUAGUAAUCUUCAUUCCCUCGAGAAGAUAAUACUGUAUGGUUGCUCAAAACUUGUAUGGUCUUUAUUAGAGCUGAAUAAGAUGCAGUCAUUGCUAGAACUUGAUGCCGGUGGAACUGCUAAAAAUCAAGUUUCUACUUUCGUAAGUAAGAAGCAUUUGCUGAUGUGCUCUUCAGUCUCAAGCCCAAGAAAAUCUCCUGGAAUCCUGUUAACUACGGUAUCUCAUACAUUAGUUACCUUAAGUCUUACUGAAUGUGGUCUAUCUAGUGAUUUGAUUCCAGAGGAGCUUGGUGAUUUCUCCAUGCUGCGGAACUUGUUUUUAAGUGAGAAUCCAAUUCACAGUCUACCAGAAAGCAUCAAGAGGCUUACCAAUCUCAGGAAACUUGAUUUAGAAAAUUGCGAACAACUUGAAUAUCUUCCAGAGAUCCCAGCUAGUGUGAAAAUCUUGAGUACUUGGCAAUGCAUCUCACUCCAACGGAUGCACAAUUUACCAAAUUUAUUGACAACAAUGAAUUUUCUUGGACUAUGUUGCAGCAAAUUUAUUGAGGUUCAGGAAAUGUUCCAGCUAAGAUGUAUUUCUUCAUUUCAUACUGAUUUAAUUAGUGUUCUCGGAUUACCGAACUUGAGUGACAUGAAAGUGGAUCUCUACAACAGUCUGACUCUAACAAGAUGGAAAGGUCCUAUACAGGGCCACUCUGAAUUUGGUAUAUUCAGCACUUCUUUUCAUGGAAGUGAGCUUCCAGACUGGCUAAGCUACAGUUCUACGGGAUCUUCAUCAAUCAGUUUUGAUGUGCCUAAUCAUGACAUUCAGGGUUUGAACUUAUAUGUUAUCUAUGAGAAUGCCAUAACAUCCUAUUUGUACGAGGAGAAACAAAUUUUGGAAUGA